AUGUCAGAUCAAUCUGAAUCAUCAGAAAAGCCGGAGGGCACAUCUCCGGCAUCUCGCAGUGAUGCGCCAAAGACAAUUCCCCGCCAAAAGGCCGUCUCGGACGCGGUUGUGUCUGCUGUCCUCAAGACGGAUGAGAUUGUCCUCAGGUUGAAUAGGCUCCUAUCCACAAAAGCUGGUCUGGAUAUCGUGCUCGCCAACUUGAACUACAUCUCUCAUUCAUUACAUUACCUCCUGGCCUCGUCUCCGCUAGCAAGACUACGCCUCACUAUACGAUUGUGGCUCUUGCGCAGGCUCGGUCGGGACAUUCCUGCCAUCCCACCACCAGCAACUAAUGUCUCAUCCGCGCGACCGCCGUUGCUAGCAUUCUCUGAUCUCAUGUCCAAAACUCGCUUUACGCUUCGUCUUCUGGGGCUGGUCUCCAUGUGGGCGUGGGGUUCGUCAACUUAUAAAUCGCCGCCUAGAGACCCCGUUCUGCGCACCGUAGCGUAUUUAGAGGUGCUAUCGAUGCUAUUUUAUCAGUUUACUGAAAAUGUUACUUAUCUGGCCUCGAAUGGGAUCGCAGGCGAUUCGCUGAUUAAGCGGACAGGUGGCAUGGGUAAAUGGACCUUGUGGAGUAUACGCGCUUGGUUCGCAUAUGUCUUGCUCCAAUUUGUGAAACUGUCUCGCGAGUCGGUUCUGUAUAGCCAGAAGGAACAAGAAGAACAGAGACAGGUGUCGGCUGGGGAAAAGUCAAUUGCAGUCGCGGAUGCGGAGCUAGAGGCUGCACGACAGGCUGAGAUUCGCAGCUGGAGGAAGAGACUGGUUAAUAACCUGGCUUGGGCUCCGCUGUGCGCGCACUGGAGCUUUGAGAAAGGUCUUGGUGUGCCACCUAGUACGACUGGGUUUAUUAGUUGGUUGGCUGGUGUAUGGGGGACAUAUGAUGCAUGGCAAGAUACUGCUCUGCCUUGA